GACCGGGGCCGUCUGGAGCAGGGCCAACUGUUGCGGGUAGUUGGCGGGGUAGCGGCGGGGCGUCAUCAUGGGCGCCACUCCGUGGGUCCCGCAGGGCAGACCUUCCGGUCGGCUUGCGUAGUUUCCUUCUAGAGGGAAGGCGCGUCAAGCGCCCGGCAGGCGGAGUAGUGACGAUGAGGACCCACAGAAGGUUAAACGGCCUCGCGGGCGGCCCUAAAGCCGCAGACUGUCGGCUGCGGCAAGGGCGGCGAUGGUCGAGGCCGCCGCGGCUUGGUCGGUGGCCGAGACCACCCUAGGCGGAGCCGAGGCGAUGGGCAUCCUGCUCCCUGGCCAGACACGACUCAGGAGGAGGCGGAGGGUCAUGCCUCUGGAAGUCAUGAUGAAAAUUCUCGAGAAGCUGGAAGAAGGCGUGAGUAACACCGACGUGGGGCGCCUGUUUGGCAUCGAGUCGACCGUGCACACCAUUUAGAGAAAGGCGAAGGCCAUCAGAGCCAGCCAGCAUGGAGAGUGUGUCGCCUCUCAGCUCCAAGGUGCUGUGCAUUCCCUGGGACGCAAACAUCGAGAAGAUGGAGAUGCACUUAACCUUUUGGGUGGAGGACGAGACCUUAGGGGGCCGGCCUCUGCCACCAAAAGCCAUCUGCAGCCAGGCGAAAGGCAUUUACAAGCAGCUGGUGGAAACCCCUGAGAAGGGCAGCCCCGAUAAGGCUGCAAGGCGAGCAAGGGAUGGUUUGAGAAGUUUAGAAAUCGCUAUGGUCUGUGAAAUUCAAGGUUGAUGGGGGAGGCAGAACCACGGAAUGCCCAGUCGGCAUCCCGUCUGUCCUAACAACUCCAGAGGCUGCCAAAUAACUCCAGAGGCUGAUCAGAGCUAGAGGCUAUGUGCUUUAACAGGUCUUCAAUACGGAGGAGAUGAGUCAGUUUUGGAAGUGCAUGCCUUCAGUUACUUUUAGGGAAAGACAAAAAGAGGAAGCUAAGGUCAGGAUUUCUCUCAUUUUUUGUGCUAACGCCGCCAGUGACUAAAUGAUAAACGAUUGCUGCUUUAUAAAGACCUGAAUCCCAUUGGUCAAAAAGAUAAAAACCACCUUCCUGUGUUCUGGAGAUCACAUCCGAAAGUAUUAUUAACUGCUGCCCUCUUUUUGGAUUGGUUUCCUAAGUAUUUUAUUCAUCAGGGUUGGAGUUAUUUAAUAGAAAGAAAAUACUGAGUUCAUGGUGUUGCUAAUUUUGGACAGAGGUCCCAAUCAUCAGACUCAUUCUUGGUUGCUCUUCCUAUUGUUGAUAUUGUGUUUCUCCCCUUGGAAGGCACUAGCUGUCUUCAGCCCUUGGAUCAGGGUAUACUUGAGGCUUCAGGAGGUGUUACACCAAGCAUGUGUUUGACCACUUUGCUGACUGUAUUGAAAAAAAAAAUACAACCUUUGUCUUACUUUGAGAGGAAUGGCAACAGUACAACAUUGCUGAUGCUUUGGUAGUGAUGAAAGAGACAAUGGAUGAUACAAAACCAGCUGUUCUGCAUAAAGCCUGGUGGAAACUUUGCGAUGAUAUUGUGAAUGAUUAUGCAUGUUUCCCUAGAGCCAGUGAAGAAGUUGCAAAAAUCAUAGAGUCUGCAAAGUGGAUGGACUUUAAAUUCAUCAAUAUUGAAGAGGGUGAAAUUAAUGAGGUGCUCAAGUUUCAAGCUUUGGCCAUAACUGAGGGAGAGUAUAGCAAUAAAUACGGAAGAAGACAGGACCCCGGAACCAGAGGUAAGAUGAAUCUAAGGAAACUGAAUGCUUUCUUAUGCCAGGCCUCAGGCUUCAUCGAUGCUGCAAUUGAUAAUGGAUCUUUUCCUGGAUCAAAGUUUGGCCUUGAAAAAGACUUUAAUAAAUUGUUGUGUACCUAUCAAGAGGAGCAAAAGAGCCUUCAAAAUAACACAAAGGAGUUGAAGAAAGAAAACGAAGACAUAAAGUAGUGUGGAUGAAGCAGAUGGAUACAGAAUCUGAGUCUGAAGGGGCGUCUGAAUCUGAAUCCCAUAGAGAGGAGAAGGUAGAGACAGAGAAGGAGGAUAAGAAGCCUCCAGAAGAAGGUCCUGGACCUUCAGGCGGUGGCACUGAGACUCUUACUAUAUCUGAAGAAUCAGCCAAAGCCAUAAAUGCAGAACUGGAUUUUUGGGAUCUAACUUUAGAAUUGAAUUUGGAGAGAGUAGAAGUGCCUGAGUUAAAGGAAGAAAAAGAAUCCAGAGGCAGUUUCUUCCAAAUGAUGAUUCAUCUCUUGCCAUUCUUCCCCUCUUGCUCCAACAGCACUUUCAUUGUGACCAUCCUUAUCAUCAGCCACACAUCCAUAUCAUUUAGUCAUUCAACAAACAUUUAUUGGGCAUAAACUGUGUGGGUUCCUGUGCUAAACUUGGGGCCAUGAUCUCAGGAAGCCAUCUCAGGAUCUAAGGUAAAUGAUCCUGACAGCUUCUCUCCUGUCCUAUCCAGUGCUCAGGACCCUGAGCCUGCAGCUCCAUUCAGCUGUGACUGGCAGCCACCUAUCUGGCACUUACUCCGUCGUCUUUGUCAACUGUCCCAAUGAGCAGAUUGCCCGAGAUAUUGCCAGGGCUAUCCUGGAGAGGAAGCUGGCUGCCUCUGUGAACGUCCUGCCCACGGCAUCGUCACUGUACUUCUGGAAUGGAGAAAUUGAAGAAGCCACUGAGAUCCUGUUGCUAAUAAAGACAAAGACUUCCAAGGUCCGAAUGCUGUCCAAUUAUGUCAGGUUCCUGCAUCCUUUUGAAGUCCCAGAGGUCUUCAGUCUUCCCAUGGACCAAGGAGAUGUGCGCUACUUGAAGUGGCUGGACAAGGGCACAGGGGAGGACUGAGCAGGGUCGGCUUGUUACAGGUCCCAUGGCUGCCUCUGGCCUGCAGUGGCUGCAUCCAGGGAGGGGGCCUCCUGUCGCCUCCUCCUCCUCCUCACAUCCCUGCAGUCUGUGUCUGUGUCCGCAUCAGCAUGGAGGAGCUAAGGAACUUGAGAAGGUGGAGGUCUGAGGCCUCCGAGGCUGGAGGAGGGGGCUGGGUUGGUUGGGCCACGCAGCCCAGUGGAACUGGUGUCUGAGUGCUUCAUGCUUACGGGUGG